AUGGCUUCGCCUCCUCCCCCUUCCAACGGGACCCCCGGUUCGGCCAUGGAAUCCCCCGCUAGCAGCAAGCCUGGCUCUCCCUUCGUGGAGCGUAGCAACCCUAUGGGAUCCGGUAAUGCCCAGACUGUCAGCUCCAAGGACCCCAAGGCUGUCGCUCAGGCCGCAACAGAUAUGAAGAACGUCGUUCGCCGGAAGUUGACUGGCUACGUUGGUUUUGCCAACCUGCCCAACCAAUGGCACCGAAAGAGUGUUCGCAAAGGUUUCAACUUCAACGUAAUGGUUGUCGGUGAAUCCGGUCUCGGAAAGUCCACCCUUGUGAACACCCUCUUCAACACCUCCCUCUACCCCCCUAAGGAGCCCGCCGGUCCCAGCCACGACAUCAUCCCCAAGACCGUGGCCAUCCAGUCCAUCAGUGCAGACAUCGAGGAGAACGGCGUGCGUCUCCGCUUGACCGUGGUCGACACCCCGGGCUUUGGUGACUUCGUGAACAACGAUGACUCGUGGCGCCCCAUUGUGGAGAACAUCGAGCAGCGAUACGACGCCUUCUUGGAAGCCGAGAACAAGGUGAACCGCACGAACAUCAUCGACAACCGUAUCCACGCCUGCGUCUACUUCAUCCAGCCCACCGGUCACUCCCUGAAGCCUCUCGACAUCGAAGUGAUGCGCCGCUUGCACACCAAGGUCAACCUGAUUCCCGUGAUUGCCAAGGCGGACACUCUCACCGACGAGGAGAUCGCCCUCUUCAAGCAGAGAAUUCUCGCCGAUAUCCAGCACCACAACAUCCAGAUCUUCGAGGGUCCCCGCUACGAGCUCGACGAUGAGGAAACUAUCGCCGAGAACCAGGAGAUCAUGUCCAAGGUGCCCUUCGCCGUCGUCGGUGCCAACUCGGAAGUGUCGACCUCCGACGGUCGCAAGGUCCGCGGCCGUAGCUACCCCUGGGGUCUCAUCGAGGUCGACAACGAGGAGCACUGCGACUUCGUCAAGCUGCGCCAGAUGUUGAUCCGCACCCACAUGGAGGAGCUCAAGGAACACACCAACAACUCGCUGUACGAGAACUACCGCUCCGACAAGCUUACCCAGAUGGGUGUCGCCCAGGACCCCAGCGUGUUCAAGGAGGUCAACCCCGCCGUCAAGCAGGAGGAGGAGCGCGCUCUCCACGAGCAGAAACUCGCCAAGAUGGAGGUCGAGAUGAAGAUGGUCUUCCAACAGAAGGUGGCCGAGAAGGAAAGCAAACUGAAACAGAGCGAGGACGAGCUAUAUGCUCGACAUCGCGAGAUGAAGGACCAACUGGAUCGGCAGCGCCAGGAACUGGAAGAGAAGAAAUCACGACUCGAAAGCGGACGUCCGAUCGAAGAAAAGGGGAAGAGAAAGGGAUUCUCUCUCCGUUAA